AUGGAGAGAAUUAGAAAUGAUCAAAUCAUAGAAGAUCCAGUACUUCAGAAUAAAAGGAAUGCUGAUAUUUCUCGAAUCAUAGAUGACAGAGGCAGACCCAUCAGAGAACAUGUAGUGCCUAUUUUGGAUGAUCUAAAUCUAGGAAUUGUUAGGCCACAUAUUCAAGCUCAACUCUUUGAAUUAAAACCAGUCAUAUUUCAGAUGCUACAAACGAUAGGGCAGUUUAGUGGUUUACCUACUGAAGAUCCACGAUUGCACUUGAGACUUUUUCUUGAAGUUUAUGACUCAUUCAAGCAGCAGGAUGUCCCUGAAGAUACCCUUAGAUUAAAAUUGUUCCCUUAUUCAUUGCGAGAUCGUGCUAGAUCAUGGUUGAAUGCAUUACCAUCAGGUACGAUGGCAUCUUGGAAUGAAUUGUGUUAG